UUGUUCGACUUGUAUUCAGCUUUGGUAAUUAUCCUUAAAUCUUUUUUCGAGGGCUGUAAUCUAUUUUUAUUAAAAAGUAUUUUUAGAUUUUUCUCUGAACUUUUAAUUCUUGGCAUCUUUGGAGAUAAGGGUGAAGGAAUGGAUCUACUCGCGUCUACAUUAAGAUGUAUAGUUAGGAAUGAUAAGCAACAUAAAUUUUCUUCGGUGAUUUUGCCGUUUUGUGAGAAUUACUUUUUCUUGUUAACGGGAACUUGGCCUUUUAUGAAAGAUGAGAGUAUGAAGAAACAACUUCAAUUGUCUCCAAUGCCUUUUACAGCGAAUCAAACGACAACAAUUUAUAAAAUUAUUUCAAAUUAUUGUAAAUCAUUAGAUGACCAUACAAACAAAAGCUUUAUAAUAAUGGAGUAUUUGAAUAUUUCUUUUCAACAACAAACAUUAGCUAAAGAUAAAGCUGGUACAAGUUCUCAACAAAGUUUUAGGCAGGCCAUGGAUGAUUAUAAACGUCUUUGUAAUUAUGAUACACAAUUGAGAGUGUGGUUAGGCCUUCCUCCUAUUCAACUUUCUUCAGAGGAUGAACGUGACACCGAUGCCUCCACAGAAUUGAGUGAUGCUGAAAAGCCUCCACCAGAGUUGAAGAAUUUUAAAGGAAAGCUUACAUUGAAGAAAGCAAAAAGAGUUAUUGAACGUUCUGUUUGUCACAGGAUUUGUAAUUUGGAUCCCGUCAUUUGUUGUUCAAUAAUUGGUGGUUUUAUAGCUAUUGUGACAUUAUUUGUUACUAUUGCAUUACUUUAUCAUUCAUUUUCUGGGCGAAUGGACGUAUUUGAGAGCUCUAUUGAGAAGAAAAUAAAUGACAAAUUUGAAUCUUUAAAUUCAACACUUGAUUUGAAGUUUAAUGGGAUGGAGCAGAAAUUUGACAAGAAAAUUACUGACCUCGAACAGAAAAUGGAUAAAAAAUUUCUUGAUGUGGACAAAGAAUUUAAUGAAAUCAAUAGCCGCCUAGAUAAAAUGGACACUAGAUUGGAUAAAAUGGACAAUAGAUUGGAUAAUUUAAAUAAUACAAUAAUGUCAAUAAAGGGUCCCUCACCACCUUCCAUUCCGCCACCUUUCAUUCUAGUUCCAGCACAGCCAAAUCUUGUGCCUAUACUACAACCUCCACCUGUAUAG